UGCUCUGUUUAUAGUGUUGAUAGCGGAUGCCUGAGAUUCCAAAGAAUAAAGCGCUGUUGAGGGGGAUGUUGUGUAUUGUUGAAAUGGAAGCGUAAAGUUAGUAGCCAGUUUGUAUUUUGAGAGGUUCAUAUUUACUUUUGCAGCUUUUUGGCGACGCGCAGAGGAAGAGUUUACUGUUAGCAUCUGAAGCGGUGGGAGACCGUUAGCUGCUUGGCUAAAGUGGAGAUAGGAUGUGAAUGAAUCCGGACGGGAUCAGCCCCAGGAACCGGAGCAGCACUGAGCCAGUCAGACAGACACACCCUUGUCUGGGAAGAGGAACUGGACCGUAUCAGCUCAGCGACAUGCAGUAACUACCCUUCAUAUCUCAUGCCAACAUGUGUUAGCCUCUAGCUGCUGGAUUCAUCCAAUUGGAAACCAGUUUGAGCCCAGUUAAAAGUGUGGACUUAAUAUGACCGACUCAUCAGCACCAUCAUGGCUCGGGCAGAGGUGAUAAUCCCCACCAGGCUGUCUGCUGCAGAUCCAGCCUCCACCCACGGCUAACCGGCACACAACAAGCCAGACUUUGUAGCCUACUUGACGUGUUUGUGGUCCGCGUGGAAUGAUGAGCUCUCCCAUGUACACCUUUGUUAGCCGCGAUGAUAACAGCACUAUUUAUGCAGAAGUAUCUAAAAUCCUGCUGUCCACCGGACACUGGAAGAGGCUGAAAAGAGACAAUCCCAGGUUCAACCUCAUGCUCGGUGAGCGGAACCGGCUGCCAUUUGGACGCCUUGGCCAUGAACCAGGACUGGUGCAGCUGGUGAAUUACUACAGAGGAGCAGACAAACUGUGCAGGAAGGCGUCGCUGGUCAAGCUAAUAAAGACCAGCCCAGAGCUGUCAGACUCCAGCAACUGGUUCCCAGAGUCCUACAUCAUCUACCCCACCAACCUCAACACUCCCGUUGCCCCGGCUACCAACGGCAUCAGCCACCUGAAGAGCAACCCGAAGACAGACGAGCGGGAAGUCUUCCUGGCGUCCUACCAUGCUAAGAAGGAGAGCGGAGAGGGAACCGUGUGGAUCGCCAAGUCUUCUGCUGGAGCUAAAGGUGCUGGUAUUCUGAUCUCGCAUGAUGCCAAUCAGCUGCUGGACUAUAUUGACAAUCAGGGACAGGUUCAUGUUAUCCAGAAGUACCUGGAGAAACCCCUACUGCUGGAGCCGGGCCAUCGGAAGUUUGACAUCAGGAGCUGGGUUCUGGUGGACCAUCAGUAUAACAUCUACCUGUACCGGGAGGGCGUGCUGCGGACCUCGUCUGAGCCCUACAACAGUGCAGACCUGCAGGACAUGACCAGCCACCUGACCAAUCACUGCAUCCAGAAGGAGCACUCGCAGAACUACGGCCGCUAUGAGGAGGGCAACGAGAUGUUCUUUGACGAGUUCAAGCUGUACCUGCUCAACACUCACAGCGUCACCCUGGAGACGACCAUAUUACCUCAGAUCAAACACGUCAUCAAGAGCUGCCUGUCGUGCAUCGAGGCGGCCAUCAGCACCAAGCACCUGUCUUACCAGAGCUUCCAGCUGUUUGGCUUUGACUUCAUGGUCGACGAAAACUUCAAAGUGUGGCUCAUCGAGAUCAACGGCGCUCCAGCCUGCGCUCAGAAACUCUACCCAGAAUUAUGUCAAGGCAUCAUUGACGUGGCGAUCUCCAGCGUCUUCACGCUCAACAGCGACUCGUCGUCCGCUUCGUCGUCCCCUUACUCCUCCUCCCCGUCUUCUCUCUUCACCUCCAACUCCUGCUCCUCUCCGAAGCUGAGGGGCCCUCUGCACGUGGGCCCUUUCACCCGCCUCUAGGGGCCCUCCGUCCAAACCUCACCCAGCAGGAGAAGCACAUGUGGAAACACAUGGCUUCUACAGUCAGUUAAGUGAUGAAGAAGACGGUGGGAGAUGGUCACACUGCAAAAACACAAAAUCUUACCAAGGACUUUUGGUCUAAUUUCUAGUCCAAAUAUCUUAGUAAACUUGAAAUAAGACAAAAACUUAGAAAUAACGUUUCAACAAGAUCUAGGAGCUUGUUUUGAGUCAGUAAACCCUUCAUAUUGAUGAAAACGUUCUACUGGCAGAUUAUGUCACUAAUGACAAGAAAAGUUUCUUGCUAUAAGUGAAAUAAUCAUUUGUUUCCAUCAAUAUGAAGGAAGCUCCUAUAGCUUGCUGAAAAGUUACUUUUAAGUUAGUUUUGUCUUAUUUACAGUAUUCCAUGAUAUCUGCACUAGAAAUUAGACCAAAAUGGUCUAGUUGGUAUGAUUUUGUUUUUGCAGUGUACCGAACACUGUGAGGGUUUCUAACCCUUUUUUCCUCCAUCGUUGGAUGGAUGGAUGGAUGGAUGGAUGGAGGUGUGAAGGAAGUUGAGAUGCUCCAAAUGAGUCUUACCGUGCCUUAGAUUUCCAGCCACUCUCCCUGAAACAGACGCUAAACGUGGCUUUGUUAUUGGCUCAUACUUGUUCUAUAGAAGCCGGCUGCUCUGUUGCUACACAUGAUCAAUGCCCACAACACAACGACCAGAUUAUGUGAUGCGUCAUUCUAGUUGUCUCUUUUUACCAUGCAAAAGACCGGUUCUACUCAUAAUUAUGGUUUAAGAUCUUCUUGAAGUGUAGCAUUUAUGAACAACAUGAGUGAUAAGACACUACAUAUUUAUGUUGAGGAGCAGCUGGGAGGAAAAAACGGACUAGAAACAUUAUGUUUUCUCAUUUUUAAGUUUCUUACUGUGGCGGUUCUUUCAUGAGUGGCACCAACGAUGGUUUUUAAUAUAGAAAUAAUGUUGAAAUUUUCCUGAGAUACCAUUUCUGAGACCAACACCUACUGGUCCUCAUAGAAAAUCAUGUUGCUCACCCAGAUUCCUGCAGAUUGGGAAGUUGGAAUACUUAGAUGCAAUUCUACUUGAAGGCAGCCAAUCCUGGGUCACCAUUGACUUUCCUUAGCCCUGAUUGGCUGUACCUCCAGAUAAGAAACAUUGUAGAUGUUAGCUAGUGGUAACACAGUUUCACUGUGCUAAUGAACGUAUUUCAAGAUAUAUUUGGGGUUUGAACUAUAAAAAUGAGCAUUUUUUUGAGCGGACAAUGAAGAAGCCAAAAUUGGUUUAACUUUAUUUUGUUAAUUUUUCGGGGGGGUUUGUUUUUGUUAUUUAAUUCAAAGCUAUGUUCAGUCCAGAAAACUGUUAAAAGUUGUUUGAGUUUGAAACUUUGAGCGUUUUUAGGUGGGCUCUCAGGUAUUCGCAGAUUUUAGCUACUCGUGAGGCUGUGACCUCUCAAAUCCUGGGAGUUUACAAUAUUAGAGCGAUGCUCGCUUGGUGCCGUGCAUCUGAGGUGAUAUCUGGACAUGAAAAUGAUGAAUGGCUGCCUUUUUGUGUUAUUUUUUUCAAAUGAGCAUUCUUGCCAUCCCUUGCCAUCAAUUUCAACAGUAUCAAGAGCCAUGUCUGCAGCCCUAAAAGAUCUUUUGUAUUCCAGCCUUCUAAGUGGAUUAAAAAAGGAGAGGAACACAACAUGAAAGACAAGAGUCUAGUAUUAAAGUGUUGUAAACAAAAAUAUUUUUUGAUUUUUUUUUUUGUUUUGUUUUUAAAGAGAGCAUGUUUGUAGAAAAGCAUGUAGCAUUCAGCUCCAGACAGAAACAGUUUUUUUGUUUUGUGUUUUUAUGUUUAUUGUGCAGUUAGAUGACGCGUUAUCGUGAAAGCAACGUGUUGGUUUAGUUUUCAAGCAUUUGGACGUGAAAUAGAGCAGGUAGUGGAGAAUGUCAAUUAUUAUUUAAAACAUUUAAUGACCCUCUGAAAUUGGGUUAGCUGAUGUCAGCAUUUUUAUUUUAGCUAAAUGUUUGUGAUCAGUAGUCAGAUGUUUGUGGGUUUUUUGUUCAAUUUAAUUUCAGCUACAAAAUGAGUAAUUUAGCAGGUUUUGUCUCAUUUUCGGUGGGUUAGCGUUGGUCAAAGAUGUCCUGUUUCCUUCAGAUACAAAGAGAAACUGUUUCUGUAAAGGGCAUUUGUCAUGACAUUUAAUUUUCCACUGAGCUUGUAGUUUAAUUAAUUUUAAUGUCUGGAAUUUUGCAAAAAUUGUAAAAAAUAAAAUGAAGGACAUAAAGGAAGGAGAAAGUAGUUGACGUUGCAAAUGAGGACGUUAGAACAAAAUGGCUGCCCCAGAAGAAUGUGGAAAAAUGAAGGUUGUUAUGGAGAUUUAUUGGACUGUGGGAAAGGCAUUGUAGAGCAAUAGUUUAGAGAAAUAAAAUCCCAGUAAACUACACAUUCACUUAGCUCAGACACAAAGGAAAGAAAAAGACUCUGCAGCUCAAAGAAACAUUAAAUGUUGCUCAUUCACUUUGAAAACCAAUAAAAUAAAGGCAGGAUUUUAUUUAUUUAGUCUUUUAGUUUCUUUCUAGGGUGUCUGGCUCUGAAAUCAGGUGAUAUUUGCCUUUUGUACUUGCUGUGUUUUUAAUGUCCAUAAUGACUGGGAAAAUCCCAGAAAUGGAAUAUGAUGGGAGCAGGAAGUGUCUGAGAGAGAAGGGUGCCUUUAGCAGGAAUAAAAAGGAAAACAUUAAAAAGCACCUUUAUUACUUUGCAUUGAAGUAAACUUUUAAAAAUCAUGAUGUCAGUUUCUUUAAAUUUUUUUUGCAUAGUUUAAUUCUGUUUAUAAGGUAUUCCUCUCAUUUUUACCAAAGAUGAACUUUUGUCCAGCUGUUUGUUUGGCAGAAUGAAAGAAAAAGCUAACAUUCUGGUUGUGUUUCUUUUUUUCCCCUUGCUGUAACGUUUAGUUUUAAAGCUUGCAUGAACAUCUGUCUUCAUGAUGAACAGUGUUAGAAUAAAAUCAAACAUUUGUCUCUAA